AUGUGUCUGCCACUUGGACUCCAGGGAGAAUCGACUAUUCACAAUGGACAGCCUCUCAGAGCCUUCUCGUUCAUCCAGCACAUUUACACUUGCAACCCCCGUACCGCGUUCCACCUUCAUAACUAUCGCCACCUACAAUCUUACCGACUGCACGACCCUCAGCGGUUGGAAGAGUAUGUCCUCUCCUUGCAAGACAGCUCGCUAUCUCACUUUCCGUACGAGGUCACUGUACGCAGGGGCAAUCCUGUUUUGGAGGAAAGACGUGUUGACGAGAUGAACGACGACUUUUGCGAGGUUAUGCUCGAUGACAAGUCCCACUAUGGCGAUAAGUCUUACUGCAGCGAGAGCUACUAUGGUGAUGGCUCUCACUACACUGACGAUGAUCCUUACUACACUGUUCAGUACGGACAACUCCUUCACUGA